CUACCGCGUGCAGCUGAUACGUUAUCAAUGGACGGAUCGUCAACCUCGUCAACAACCAAUAAUAAUACGAAUGCUAAUAAUAAUAAUAGUCAUAACGGUAAUAGUAAUUCUAAUGCAAAUCACCUCAGUGCUGCAGCGUUGCUGUCGGCAGCAGCCAGUAAUCCAUUUAUGUAUAUGGCCGCAGCAAAUGCCAUAUCCUCCGUUAACGGAAUGAAUUCAACCAAUAAACUGUCAUCGUCAUUCUCGUUAAUGGACAGUGAAUGUGUGCUGACGUUGAUGAGAGUGGCGGCCGAACUCGACUGUACAUUUUUGUUUCAUUGCCGUGAUGGUCAAGCACAUUUUUGUUUUGAAGCGAACGAUACGGCGGUUGAGCGAUUGAGGUAA